AAAAAAAAAGCCAUAAUUCUUCGUGAUUCUGUUGUGAUAUUUACAAUUCAAUUUGAAUUUCGAUUUAACUUAUCUAAGUAAUUCUACGUUUUUUAAGUUUAAUAAAUAUUAUUUGCUGUAACUAAUGGAUGACGAUGCGGAAACUUACAAACUGUGGCGAAUCCGAAAAACUGUAAUGCAGUUGUGUCACGACAGAGGAUAUCUAGUAACGCAAGAUGAAUUGGACCAAACUUUAGAUCAGUUCAAAGAACAAUUUGGAGACAAACCAAGUGAGAAGCGCCCAGCAAGGAGUGACUUGAUAGUCCUAGUUGCUCACAAUGAUGACCCCACAGACCAGAUGUUUGUGUUUUUCCCAGAUGAAGCCAAGAUCGGAAUUAAGACCAUCAAAACAUACUGUACGAGAAUGCAAGAGGAAAAUAUUCAUAGAGCGAUUGUUGUUGUUCAAGCAGGUAUGACCCCAUCUGCAAAGCAGUCUCUGGUUGACAUGGCGCCGAAGUACAUUCUAGAACAAUUCCUCGAGUCAGAGCUUCUUAUCAACAUAACGGAACACGAAUUGGUACCAGAGCACAUAGUGUUGACACCUGAUGAGAAACAGGAGCUUUUGGCAAGAUAUAAAUUAAAAGAAAACAUGUUGAUGAGGAUACAGGCGGGUGAUCCAGUUGCGAGAUACUUCGGCUUGAAGAGAGGACAGGUGGUGAAAAUUAUUCGGAAUUCAGAAACAGCCGGCAGAUACAUUUCAUACAGAUUAGUUUGUUAAGACUAGAGUUAAUUACUUAUAAAAUUACAAAUUUUUAAA